UUAUAUUUUAUCUGGCUUAUUUUUUAUUGAAUUACAGUAAAUUCUCUCUUUCCGUUUGACACAAACAUUCAUCCCACAUGCAUACGUGGGCAUACAUUCACGUGGCUUCUGUUUCAUAUCAGCAAUCAUCAAUAUGAAUAGAUACCUUAUUACAUCCAGUGGCUUUAAAUUUACACCUUUUUACGAAACGAUUUCAUAUGACUUUAACAAGAUUUUCAUUUAUAAUAGAGUAGAAUUUCAAAGAUGUUGGUCUCUACUUACUGAAAUCCAUGCCAAUUGGAAGCACUCAAAUACAAACGUGUUGCCUCAACUAAUUCUCACUCGUCUCUUUUAUCUGCAUCAGCAAAUAAAACUCAGCCCAACUCAUAUUUGGAGAGUGCUUUCUGCUUUUAGUAGAUAUUUUCACGCUAUUAAGCAGAAAUAAAGUAUCCAUAGAACACUUAGUAAACAAAUAAAGAAACUGCUACAAAGCUACUAAAAUGUCUACCUCACUGAGAGAAAUUUACAAAUCGCGCGAGCUCAUCUGAACCCAAUCUCAGAGAGCACACUUUUCAAUACACCAAAACAACUACUCAAAGAUUCUGAAAAAGCAUCAAAAAGCAAAGCAUGCCUGCGAUUCUACUCAAAAACAGGAAACUGAAGAGGCAGUCGUCACAUACACAAUCAUUCACUGCGAGAGUAUUUAUACUUGCACACAAGCCGGGAAGCAGCAGCCAUUGAAAGGUACGGCGCGGUGGUGAAAGCGAAAUAGCACUGCAUGGGUAGCGCAACUGACAUACGUAAGAAAUAUGGAAGAGUGAAUGUGUCGGCGAGUGUCAUACGUGCUGGCAAAGCUUAAAGCAGAGAUGAGCAGCGCAGCAAAACAAUGCGUCGCGUACAAUGCCUGCUACCGAACCGUCGCUGUGGCUGCUGAGUGUGAAAUUGCGGUUUGUUUGUUUUGGUUUUCUUAUUGUCAAUAAGGCAUCUGGUCGAUUGGGUGCUGCUGCCCAGAAGAGAGUGAGCAAGGCUGAAGAGUUAUUGGAAUAAUGUGAGCAAUUAAGUGGAUGAAUAAAGACUAAAAGCUACUGCAAAACACAUCAGAUAUAAAAAAUUAUAAUGCGCAUAUUUAAAAAUUAUACCCCAAAUCUACAUAUCCAAGAAAAAAUAAAUUCAUGUCUCGUUGCUUAUUAACCAGUAAACAUCAAUAGUACUAGUACUAAAUCUUAUUAUGACUAUAAAAGCGCAUUUUAAGUGGCUCGUACAUUGAGCUCUGGAAUCCAAUCCACUCAAAACAUUCCGCUCUCACACCUUUUAACCUGACAGUUUUACCCUCACCAACUCGGUUCUCUUCCCACUUAGAAAAACAAAGAAAACAAAACCAGAAAACUGCAAAUAUUUCCAAUUAGACUUGCAGCGCAGACCCUCUUAUCGUUUACGUCCCUAACAAUUGUAACGUAAGCACAGUUCCAAUCAGUUGCUGAGCAACUCGACGAAUAAUCACUCGACUCAUUUACGCAUCGUUUUGCUUCGUAUCAAUGGGCCGCCUUCUACGUCUCGGCCCACCAUGGCACCGCUGAUUUGUGGCGUGAGUAUGCGCCCGGUCAGGCGAAGCACAAGCGUAGUAGAGUCGCUGCACUUGAGCGAUUUAGUGUCGCAGUAGCGUCACCGCACUUCUGCCCUGUAUAGCUGCUGAUUCUGUCGCUGUGUUGGAGCGCCGCUGCUGCCGCAUACGUGUGCAUAGUCAUAGCGCGUACAAAGGCGCAGAUAUUACCAAUUACACGAAUUUUUAUACUCUUUUAAAAAUUUCGUUUUAUUAUAAUAUUUAUUAUCGUAGAGCGCAGUAGUGUCUGCGGAGCGUUUAGUGUUUUGUGUUUGCGCUGACUGUGUGUACCCGACGAACAACAGAAGCGUAGCCAAGCGUAUACAAAAAUACCAGCGAACCAACGACUCCAAGUCGAUUUCAAAGUGUACGAGCGAGUGCCGUGAAAGCAAAUUUUCGCGUCUUAUUGUCUUUUAACUGUUUGUGAUUAUUACUACAAUACGAGCGACAAUCGUCAAACGCCAUACGCCAUCGCCAUACACCAUAAUAUAUCGUGGAAAAUGUGCCGACGGCACUUGAGCUGUGAUGUGUUUCCACGACACGGCCAAUAGGCAACACUGUCAUUCCAUUAAAUACGCAAACACUAAUAAUUGUGCACAAAAACAAAAACAAAAAAAAAACAGAAACAAAAAUAACCGCACGAAAAAAUUAACCAGUUUUAUUCCAAAUCAAAAGGAUACAAAAAUUAAUAAUUUCACCAACUUUGAAGAUAAAAAAAUGUUAUAAAAUAAUUAUAUGCGUGGUCGAAAGGCAUACAUAUAAUCUCAAUUAAAAAGGUAAACACAUUUUAAGAUUAUGCUCAGUUAUCCACAUUCUUGUAGUUGAAUCCCGAUCAGAGAAAUAUCACUUCUUUUCUGUUCCUUUUUUGUCUCUCUUCUUCCAAUUGAAUGCAGUAGUAUUGGCUGCUUUCAAUCCCAUCCCUAAAUAAUGCCUGUCAUUUGCCCUGGAUGUCAUUUUACACUAACAACUAUUCUCGAAUCGGUGCCAGUACCUGUGCGCACUGCUUCGACAUGAAGCAUUCAUAUUUAUUUUCCACUAACACAUUUACUUUCAAGCGGCCGACACUAACCGGUGGCCAUAUCUCUUUUCCAUGUUCUUUUUUGGAUUCCCAUCCGUGCGAAUGUGGUUUACUAUCUAUACAAAUUUGUCCGUCGACUGCAUAUUGCCUGAGAGAUAUUGAAAUUCAAAAUAGCAUAUAAUUUAUUAAAUCUUUUUGAUAAAAUACUAAAACGAACUAAGGAACUAAGAAAGUAAAAUCUGUUUGUUUAGCUGUCUGUGUCACAUGAGAGUGCUUUUUGAAUGCAGCAAUCGGAAAAAGUAAAGACAGAUGACAUUUCCGACGGCUUUGAAAUUAGAAAUGCAUUGGCUACUGGCCAGAAUUUUUUGUUUGGAAAUAAAUUGAACAUAAAUUAUUUACGAUUUGGAUCAGCAUACCUAUAUAUUUAUAUAUUGACUGCAAAUUAACUUUAACAAAUUAACGUAAAUUCAAUGGAAACUAUCGAGUGAAUACUGAAUAAGAAUAGAUCUUUAAAAUCAUCCCUUCUUUUUUUGUUUUUGAAGGACGCAUGUGUAUUACAAAAACUUCAACAGUUAGGAGGAAAAUAUAAUUUCAACUAAAAAAAAAAAUACAUUUAUCACACGGCAUCUAUGAAAAACAAUUUAAAUACCUCGUAUUUGAAUUCCGUCAUAUUUGCGUGAAAUAUAUCGGCUUAAAAAUAUAUCAUUGCCAUAUUAGGGCUUAGGCUAAAAUAAUUCCUCUUUAAACCUCUAAUUAAGUUACAUUUUGCAUUGACAAAAAUUGUUUACUUAAAGUAGAUGUAAUUGAAAGUAUAAAAAUUCUUUUUUUCACCUCAAUAUAUUAAUCAGCAUAGAUAUACAAAUAUAUCUCUUUCCUACAUUUUUUAUUUCCAAUUUGAAUGGAAUGUAGCUUUAAACGAGAAAAAUAUUUAGAGUUUUGGUAGUUUUCUUGUAGUUUUAACCUUUUGAGCAGAUCUGCAUUGAUAAAGUAAAGAAAAUCAUAGAAAAAGUGUUGUACUAACAAGUGGACUUUGUACUCGCACUUCAACGCCAAUUAUUAUUUACGCUGGAGCAUUGAACUCUAAGAGUAUAAAAGCCGCAUAACUUUAGUCAUUUGACUUUGUAGAGUAUGAACCAUUCAUAAUUUAGUUUACUUUAUCAGCUAUUUUCUCCAAGGCAAUAAUCAUAGUAAUAUUAAUUUAAACCCCAGCUGAUAGAGGUAAAUCAAUUUUUAUUAAUUAGCCAUAGAAAGAUGUUUUCUAAAAGGUCUUCAUAAUCAAUUUGUUUUACUCUGGUAGGUACAUAAAUAUUCGUAUAUUUUUCGCAGUACUUAUAGCAAGAGUUUGUUAUACACUUUUACUCAUUUGUAUAUAAAUAUUAGCUGGUAUGUAAUAUUGGCUGGCUUAGGCAAAAGGAAUAAUAAUUAUCAGCACAAUGUUAAUCAUAUUUUAGCUGAAAAUCUCAAAUACAACCUUGAACUUUACUUUGACCGAUUCGCAUCUGCUGAAAUCUGAAUUUUUCGAAAGUUUUAUCUUUCCUAUUUUUGCGAUAUUGUCAAAAAUCUGUUGCUCACAGUUCGUAGCCGCAGUUGAAUGCACUCACGUCAACAAAAUUUGUAAUUCCACACACACCAAUUUUAUUUUGUUGUUAUUUCGAUUACUUAUAUUUUAAUUUAUGGGAAUUUCAAAUUCGGUAAACAUAAUUUCAAGUCAGAAGUAGCAAGUUCGUGUAAAUCGCAACAAAUUCGUAAAUCAACAAACUUUCCAUAAUUUUUAAAAGAGCUCAAAACGAGUAACGACAUUCGAUAGCAGACGAAAGCGUUUGCCUUAAACGAUCUGUAAAAAUAUACAAAUUUUGAGAAGAGAGGCUCGAGGCUCCAAAAGAAUGUGCAAUGUCAAAAUUUGUUUUCGAUAGUAUGCUACCGAAGUACCCACAGUUUCAGCCAUUUAUCAGUUCACAUUUAACUUCAACAUCACAAAAUUCGUCAUCAGCAGCUGUUGCCGCCGCUUUAGCCGCCGCCGCAGCCUCCUCAUCAUCGUCCGUCAAUAGCCUCAGCAGCGGCCUCAGCCACAAUAACGGUAUUAGUACUAGCAAUCACAUCAACGGCAAUCACAUCUCUUCUGUAGCCGUCCACUCAUCGUCGCUGUCGCCUUCAUCGUCCAGCGUGAAUAUCAACAGCAGCCAUUUAAAUCAGUCGUCCAAUUCGCCGGUGUCCUCGUCCUCCCCAUCGUCCACCACUUUUGGAGCGCUUACACCACAACAACAACAACAUCAAUUGCAACAACACCAUCACCACCACCAGCAACAGCAACAACAACAGCAUCAUAGUCAAUACUCACUGUCGGCCGCAUUACAAUUGCAGCAACAACAGCAACAGUUGCAUAUUAAUAAAUUAGCCGCCGCUGCUGCAGCGGUCAGCUCUCAAAGCGGAAACGGUCUGGGACAUAGCCAUAGUAUUCAACAGCAACAACAAUUGGCACAACAACAGCUCUUGCUCACACCACCUUCAGCUACUAAUUCGCAGACCGGCGACAGCAGUUGCUCGCCCACACCGUCGGCCGCAUCGUCCUCGCUGCAUCGCAGCGUCAACGACCACUCACCCACCUCUGCAUCCGCCGCCGCCGCUGCCGCGUCCGCAGCAGCCGCCAGCACAGUAGCUGCCGCAGCAGCCGCCGCCGCUGCUGCUUCCUCGUUUGCCAUACCAACCAGCAAAAUGUAUCCCUACGUGUCAAACCAUCCCACAUCGCACGGCAUUUCCGGCAUGCCGGGCUUUUCUGGACUAGAGGACAAAUCAUGCAGCAGGUACACAGACAGCAUCAUGAAUAGUUAUCAGUCAAUGAGUGCGCCGGCCUCGGCGUCCAGUUUUGCGCAAUUCUAUCAACAUGCCGCUGCUGCAACGGCCGCCUCUGCAGGUGCCGUUGGCGUUGACUCGCUCGGCAAUGCAUGUACGCAGCCAUCAUCGGGCGUUUUGUCCACUGGAGGAGCCGGUCAAAGUAUUGCCGAUUUGCCAAGAUACCCUUGGAUGACAUUAACGGAUUGGAUGGGCAGCCCUUUUGAACGAGUCGUCUGUGCAGACUUCAAUGGUCCAAAUGGUUGUCCUCGUCGUCGCGGUCGUCAAACUUACACACGCUUCCAAACACUUGAGCUGGAGAAGGAGUUCCACUUCAAUCAUUACUUGACACGGCGACGAAGAAUCGAAAUCGCUCAUGCGCUUUGCCUCACUGAACGUCAGAUAAAAAUUUGGUUUCAAAAUCGACGCAUGAAAUUGAAGAAGGAACUGCGAGCCGUCAAAGAAAUCAACGAACAGGCUCGACGCGAUCGCGAGGAACAAGAAAAGAUGAAAGCUCAAGAAUCCAUGAAAUCCGCCCAGCAAAAUGCCAACAAACAAGCGCAGCAACAACAACAACAGCAGCAACAACAACAACACCAGCAGCAGCAGCAACAAGAUCAUCACUCGAUCAUAGCACACAACCCAGGACAUUUGCAUCACUCGGUGAUCGGACAGAACGACCUGAAACUGGGCUUGGGCAUGGGUGUUGGUGUAGGCUCAGGUGUAGGUGUGGGUGUGGGCGGUGGUAUCGGCAGCAAUUUGGGCAUGAUGAGUGCGCUCGAUAAGAGCAAUCACGACCUGCUCAAAGCCGUCAGUAAAGUAACUUCGUAAAUGCACCACCAACAUUUGCUACAGCAACAACAACAGUAAGAGCUGAGUGGCAGUGCAGUGAUUAAAUAUAGACGGCUAGAAUAAGCUGUCGCUUCCCAGUUGACCAUUGAUUUAAGCUUAAUUGGAAAGCAGGAAUACAAAACGAAAGAUGAUAACUUAAAUACGUAAACCACUUUACAUAGUAAAUUAAAUACAUAAGUCUACCAACUACACACACAUACAAGUAAUAUAUAUAUUUAUAAAUAUUAAAAUACUUUAAAAUCAGAUAUACAUAUACAAGCAUACGUACAUACCUAUUAUAUAUAAAUAUAUGGUAAUGUGAAAAUUUAUUUACAUACAUACAUACAAACAUGCGUACAUGCAUACAUGCAUACAUGCAUUCAUACAUACAUAUGCAUACUUGCGUGUAUAUGUACUGCAUACAUAUAUCAAUGAGUAAAGAGGAUAUGAGCAUUAGAGCGCAGUUAGUCAUAGAAAAUAAUUGACCGAGGGAGUCGGUGCAGUAAAGCGGUGCCGAUUCUACGAGUACUAGUGAGUGUAGACUUAGUCGAGCAGCAAUUCGAAUUGUGCCAGUUUACUUGGUACUAGAGUAGAUGAUAAUUAUGAUGUUAUAAGAUUAAUGACUGCAUUAGUGAAAUAAACAGUGAAAACUAAAUAAUCUAAGUUGCUUUAGUAUUUUAGAUAGAAAUUUCUUUGAGAAGUGAAAGUUGCCACAACAAGCGACAUUCACCUUAGUUGGGUUCCCCACUUAUCUAUGCGUUAAAUUGAAUUUUUUUAAAUUGACAUAAUAUUCGUUCUCAGAUGUUUUUAUUUAUUAUUUUUUUAGUUUGAAUCAACAAUCUUCGCAUGUAAAAUUCUACUUCCACGUACUCUUUCAACAUCAUGCUUUCCAUUUCCAUCUUCUGCACUCACUACUCUAUUAUUUUGAAUGCAAAAAAUGAUUUAUCAAAAACUUCCUCUCCAAUGCCAUAUUUUAGUGAUAACAAUUUGAUUAAGAAUUACCACGUAAAUGCACGUAACAAUUACUGUUAACUGCUGUGCAAAACGUAAAGUAAUGCAACGUAACUCGUUUGCACUUAAAUCUCAUUAUUAAUAAAACAGCAAAAGAAAAAAAGAACAAAAAAACAAAAAAACUACUUCUAUAGGUUGAUAAUUUUAAGAAAGAGAUAAUUGAUAAAUUAUUGGCUGCUAUGGUGUGUUGCAUGCCUAAGCACGUAGCCAGCAAACAACAAAUACGUACACAGAGCAAAUAAGCAAACAAAACUACUUAUUUUCACCAGUGACUAAAUUUAAAGCUUAAGUAAUGUGUAAUAUAGCUGAAACCGAUGUUUUAUAAACAUUUGUACCAAGCUAAAAAAGAAAAAUAAACCCCUCCCGCAGUUAAGGUAUACAUACUCGUAUACGAGUAUACAUAAAUGCGCAUGCGAACAUGUUUCUAACACGUGUUUGUACGUUGUAGUGUGACUGCAACUUCAUAAUUGGCUUAAGUGACUCAUUUCGGAGAUGCAGCAUUUGGCAGAUGCUAAUUAAUUGAGUUCAAGUUUAAACGCAGAUGCAAUUGGUUAGCAAACAAUCUCUCAAUAUACGUAUUAGAGUUAAGGCCCAGUAUAAAUGUACUAUACACAAAUAUGCAUAUAUAAAUAUUAUUUACUAUAAAACUUGCAUUAAAAGUACUUACCUAUAUUUAUCUACUACAAACAUACACAAAAUAUAGUGAAGAAAAAUGCUAAAAUUUACAAAACAAUUACUAAGUGUACCGUAAUUGAUUUAAGUUGAUAGAGUGUAUUUACGCCCGCCCGCAAACCCAGUGAACGUUUUGACGUGUGCUAAGCAAACACAGAAACGGCAACUAAAUAUAGGUGAAUAUGAAUGGCAUAAAGCGAUAUGCAAUAACAUUUACUACGUCAGUAGCUGCAGCUUCAAUUCUUCUCGAAAAAAAUUAAAUUGAUACAGAUCUACGUGGAAUCAAUAGAAUUGGUUAAAUACGCCCAAGGGGCUAACUUAAAGUCUCAAUAUAAAUACAUGCAUACAUAAAUACUUAUGUGUACAUGAAACAAUCCAUCAUCGCUUCCAUUUGUUUAUGUUGUUUUAACUAACUGUAUUUUAACUUCUUUAUUUUAAUUAGAAAAAAAAACUACUUUUGUUAUUUGGAAAUCUGUUUCUUCUAGAGUUUUAUUAAGAUAUCUAAAAAAUCCAAUUGUGUUAAUUAAAUGGUUAUCGCGAAACUUCGUAUGAUUUAGUUGAUUCUUGUUAAAUAAUUUAGUUAUAUGUUUUGUAAUAUUCGUUUAGUUUACUUAAUGGGAUACGCAUAAAGAAAUAAAAACAUAUGUAGUAGAUUUAAUAUACACAUAAAACAUUGUAUUACAACCUUUUUGAUUUAAUGAAGAAAUGAGCGUGAA